GCAGCAACGAUCUUUCUUCCAAUCCGAUCCGAAGUGAUCCGUUUCGAACCAAUCGGAACCGAACCAAGACCAAGAGCGCGCGCACGGAAUACGAAUAAUCGAUCUCACGGGUGGCCGGUCGUACGGAUAACGAAAAAGCGCAGAAACCUACAGGGUACAAGAUCGGAGCGUAGCAAAACCCAUAUUCCAAAGUGUCAUAAAGUGUGUGCGGUUAGUUCCCGCUUCCCCAAUAAGGUGUGAUAAGUGCGUGAUAAUUUUCGAGCCAGGCCAGCCGAGCGGUCCAGUGAGCCACCGUUUUGGCCCGAAAAUGUGCUAAUCAGAUCUCAGUUUUGGUUCACGGCAUCGCAGCCACCGCACAACUGGCGCCAAUUUGUAUACAAAUUUCAUGCCUUAAUUGAAACUCACAUUAUAGCCAAGUGCGAAAAGUUAACGACUAGGCAACCACCGCCAGCACUCAGCGAUCCGACUCCCAUUCCAGCGAAUUCAACCAGAGAAAGUUUCUCGGCGGAGCCAGCAAGGAGAUCGUACGGAAGGUGCGACAACUGCAAUUCUGGAGUUCUUCAAUCAACUGUCAACGGCCGAAAUGGACCCAGAGUCGCAGUGUCCGCAGUACGGCGAGGUGAACCAGCUGGGCGGCGUGUUCGUCAACGGUCGCCCGCUGCCGAACGCCACGCGGAUGCGAAUCGUGGAGCUGGCCCGUCUGGGCAUCCGGCCCUGCGACAUCUCCCGCCAGCUGAGGGUGAGCCACGGGUGCGUGUCCAAGAUCCUGGCCAGGUACCACGAAACGGGCUCGAUACUGCCGGGGGCCAUUGGUGGAUCCAAGCCGCGUGUCACCACACCCAAGGUGGUCAACUACAUCAGGGAGCUGAAGCAGCGAGAUCCUGGCAUUUUCGCCUGGGAAAUCCGGGAUCGGCUGCUCAGCGAGGGAAUCUGCGACAAGACGAAUGUGCCCAGUGUCAGCUCCAUAUCCAGGAUUCUGAGGAACAAGCUGGGCAGCUUGGGCCACCAGCACACACCGGGCGCAGUGAUGGGCAGCGGAAGCAGCAGUGGCGGCGGCAGUGUCUCCAGCAACGGGGGUCAGAACAACGGCAACAACAACAACGGCGGCGGGAGCGCGAACAACAACCUUAACCUGGGAAAUGCCGGAGGAGGAGCCCAUCAUCCGCAUCAUCAUCACCAUCAUCACCAGACGGCGGCAGCGGCGGCGGCGGCGAGUGCCCACCAUGUCCACGCCCACGCACACGCCCACCUGUACAACUCCAUCUACCAGCCGUACAGUGCGGCGGCGGCCUACAGCAUGAAGGCCGUGUCCUGCGGCAGUCCUUCGCCUCCGCAGGGAACGGGCGGCCAAGCCUCUGGACCCCAUCCCCACCAGUUGCGAAGCGUGGCCGCCGCGGCUGCAGCCGCCCACUGGCCUUCCUCACACUCGGUGAGCGAUAUCCUAGCACACCACCAGGCGGUGGCCUUGCGGGCCAGCUGCCAGGUGGGCGUCGGCGUGGGCGUGGGGGGAAUGGGCGGCAUGGGCAGCACAGUGUCCCCGCUGCCGAUGACCCCGUCCCCGGUCACGGGAACGGCCGGCAGCCAGCCCCUGCUCGACUGUGAGGGCGGAGCUGGCCAGCAGUCGCCGUACAACUACUACAUGUACUUCCAGAACGGCGGAAUGCACCAUCACCAUCACCACGGCGGCAUGAUGGCCGCCGGAGCCACUGGUUUAUGAGUGAUCAGUGGGUAGUCAGUGGGUUGGUUGUGGGUUGUUCAGUCCUAAUAUAUGUCUAUGCUAAGCUCUAGUUAGAAAAGGGUUAUAUCCUUGGCACUCACUUAACAUUUUUGAAAUACAAAUUGAGUAUUUAGAACCACGAACUACCCUUAUUUAUGGAAGCUUUUCUUUGCAAUUAUUUCCCCAAGUAAAUCUCACUUCUAAGAGAUUAGGUUGGGUGUGACACAGAAUGUAAAUAUACCUGAAAGGUAAAUAAUGCAUUACUCCCCUUCUCUGAACCAGUCAUAAGUGGUUAAUAAAGAUACUUAAAAUGUAAAUAAAAAAAUUAAUUUU